UGCCAUACAGGACCAUUCUCGGAUUUACCGCUGUGUUGAUCAUCAUGUACUUUAUUAUAUCGGUUAUUUUCCUAGCGAUAGCAACAGAGUACGUCAGUGCGCACGAACCGGACAAUGUCCACCCGACCAAUUCGAUCAGCAUGUUCGGUCGCUGGAAUAAAUCCGCGAUUUAUUAUUGCCUGGAUUCCAGCUAUGCGCCACUAGAAGUCGCCACCAUCAAUAAUUCCAUUCACGCGAUGAUGGUCGCCGUGCCGUGCUUGACCUUUAUUCCGGUGUCCUGCAGUGAUACCGUCUACAAAGUCCACAUCACACCAUAUACGUCAGCGGCGUCGUCUACCUUAUCAGCCGUGUCCUUCAGCUUUCCCGGCAUGCAUUUGGAGAUGGCAAAGAAUUCCUCCGAGCAGGUGUUGUGUAUUGCACGUGACACACAGAGCUGUUCUGUCAAUGAACGGUGUGUGCUGAAAUUCCUGGCGGUUCUUCUGGGGAAACGCAACGAGCACCAGCGCGGCGAUCGGGAUCAGUACAUCACUGUCAACUACAAGAAUCUCCUUAUUCCGUCAACAUACAGACGCUACAGUACGGACGAAGCGUAUUGGCAGCUUUUCCCAUACGACUACUGCAGUAUCACGCACAACCAACCCACGGAUUACGCAAUGGCCGGCACAGUGGCCUUCAGUGUGGCAGCCGGCGCGCGACCCGGCUGUGUACCGGCGCUCAACACCAUCAGCAACACCGACUGCCGGCUGAUCAGUCUGAUGUACCAGUGCAAUACAUCCCAAUGUGCAGCGUUGGACUGUGAAAACCAGCACUGUCCGUCCGCCGCUGCUACGGGUGUUUCCGUUGCCACCUCUGUCAGUAACAACAUUGCUACCACGCUUACCAUGGAGACUACCACAACGUCGAAGAGCAUCAACGGAAAAAUAGCAACCAUACCUCCAUGUGCGAGCUACUUUUGUGCCACACCAACACCAAAGAUUGAUGAAGCCUCCCUCUUAUACGACAAUCGGUACUUUAUGUUCUCAGGGGACUGCGCGGUACAGAUUGACGAGAGCAACAAAAUCAUCGGCGAAUCCAUGAAGAUCAGCUCCCUCUUUCCCGGUGUCAGCGGUCCAGUGAAAUCCGUCUGGACGGACCAGAUGACCGGGGUCACCAGCGUUGUGACAGCGGCAGCUGAGUACGCUUGCCUGGCCUCCGGCUGCACGCCGGUCAGUCCGAUGAACGCUACUGCCGCCCCGCGGUUUGAAUUUGCUGUUAUGCAGUCGACGCGGUUUGAUGCGUACAAUUACGCUAUCAGUAUAACAGGGGACACGUAUAUCAACGAGCAGACGUCCCAUCAGAAGCCGCUUAGCAGCAUCACAUGUCUGCCGGCAACCGGCCCAUCGUCAACCCCGUGUAAAAUUAAAGGAGCGUGGAAUGCCGCAUAUAUGCUGCGAUUGGCCGGUUUCAACAUGGUCAGCGUUAUCGGCACAGACGGAGCGGAUCCGGAGCAGUAUCUGCAAGUGAUGCAGUACACGGGCACAGAAAUGGCACCAGAUACCUUUCAGUUUUUAACAACCGGGAUCCGAUUACGGGAUGCACUGCAGUGUUCGCCGUGAAAAUUUGCCUAUACCUUACAAUACACAAUAUCAUGACGAAUCUCUCAAAACCAUGUAUGGACUGUACAAAAGUUUCGACGUUCUGUAUACAACUGUAAAUGCCACGCACUGUAAAAAGCACAUGUCCGCGUUGAUGUAAAUUACUUUUGUUGAUUCGGGUGUUGCGUUAUUUGAACAACACAAAACA